GCAAAACCUACUGCAUAAAGAGGGAAAAAAAAUCUUUUUCCAAGAACAGGCCUGUUCUGCAAAGGUCCUUGUCCUGCUUGUGCAUGGAGGGAGAAACAGUGUAUGAGACAAAAUACACGAACAGCUCACCUCUCAGCAACAUGAAACCAGAGUAAGAAAAGUCUCUCCAGACUCCUCAAGAAAUGGACAACAGAGAAAGCCAGGCUGCUGAGAUGCCUACAAACACAAAGACACACCUGGAGAGCUUCCUGGAGGAUCUGGCCUUGGCACAGUACUACAGAGAGAAGCUUUCACUCUGCAAAAUACUUGAAAUAAACAAGAUGGCCAUUACUGAUGAACCUGCCAAGUGUAAAUCAGACUUUCCAUGGUAUUUUCUUAGGAAAUUGAUCAUGUUUAAUGUAACAGCAAGAAAUUUGACAUACACAUCAGGUUGUGAGCCAAAGUGUGAUGAUGAAUCAGAAAGUACAGAGUUUGAUUUUGAUAGUGACAGUGAAACAGAUGACAUGCUAAACCCUCUUGACAUAAUCACUGCUCUUUUUCUGUGUUCUGAUGGUUUUCUACAGCAGGAAAUGGCACUAAAAAUGUCCAUGUGUCAGUUCUCUGUUCCUCUGCUGCUUCCCAAUUGUGACACAAAACAGUGCACACUCAUGCUGUGGGCCGUGAGAAACAUUGUUAAAAAGUACAGACCUCACUUUCUGUCAGAAUCCAAGGGCUUCAUUGAGGACAGAAUUGUUCUCUCUGAACUUCCAAUGAUCUCCUUUGUCAGACUGGGUGAAUGCUCCUUGUCCAAGUCAGAGAUUCUCAAUAAACUUCUGAGCAACUCUCAGCAGUACCAUGACACCUUUGUGCAUCACAACAUGGAGUGUGGUGACAGUCCAAGAAGAAUAUCCAAUGGACUGACUGAAAUUUCUUGGUAUCUACCUUGUGGAAACACAAACAUUGAUAUCUUCAGUCAGCCAGUGGCUGUAGCUAACCUUCAUGGAGACGUUGCUUCCUUUGAAACACAAUAUUUCUUUUUGUGUCAGACAUCUGCAGCAGUUUUUGUGUUCUUUGACUAUCUGGACUCUGACUGCAGUCUACUUAUCAACCACCACCACAAGGCACAGAUCUUCUUGGUUGGUAACUAUUACAGCAAGCGCUUCAGUGAAGAUGCUUUAGAAAAAGUCACAACUAAGUUGGGCUUGACUAAAAACAGCAUCAUAAUUAUUAGGAGGAAACAGAAAAAUGAAGCAGACUUUGUAAAAACUUUGAGAAAAAGAGUCAGAGAUGUAGUUGAGAACUCAAAGAGGAAGAUGAAAAUAGAGCAGAUGGUGGACAUUGCCCAUGAACUGGGAAUCCUGGUUGAUGAAGACUCUCCAGAGUGCCAGAGUGCAAAGAAAAAUGCAGAAGCCAUCAUUGCAGAAAUUCAAGACAUCCUUAAAUACAAAGAAGAUCAGCUGCCAAGGCAAGGCCAAAUAUGGAAACAACUGACCUGCUUAGAGAAGGAAGAAUUUCGGCUUCGAAAAGUUGGAUCUGAAAAUGUUGAAGACUACAAAAGUGAACUUCAGGUACAGAAAAAAGAACUGCGUAAAAAGCAAAACUCUUAUGAGGUGUCACCAGCUAUGACAUGCUUCAUCAAUGCGAUAUCAAGCCCAGGAACAGAAAGGUUUUAUUUCCUGAAAUGGAUGCGAAUGAACCUUGAUAACCUGUCUCGCAUAAAACUGUCUGAACUUCGGGAGAAAUAUAAAGAAAAAUGCAAGAACUCGGAGAACAAAGAGGAGAUCAAAGAAAUUGACAAACAACUUUCCAACAGCUCUCUGGGGACUGAACACUUCUUCCGUGAAAUGGGUCAGAUCUAUGAAGCCUCACUGUCCCUUCCACAAACACACCCAUCACGUCAACAGUUGCAACAUCUGCCCAAACUGUGUGCAGAGUUGUUGCUCGAUGGAUUUCCCCUUGAGCUUGUAGAUGGAGAUGCAUCCAACAUCCCUCUCAGAUGGGUGAGUGAUGUUCUCUCUCAGCUCAGUGACUUGGUGUCUCCAAACAGAAAGAUACUGGUGGUCACAGUUCUUGGAGUUCAGAGCACAGGAAAGUCCACUCUCCUUAACACCAUGUUUGGAGUGCAGUUUGCAGUCAGCAGUGGUCGAGGUACUCGCGGGGCCUUCAUGUCAUUCAUCAAAAUCAGUGAAGACAUCAAAAAAGUCCUAGACUGUGACUUCAUGGUGAUCAUUGACACUGAGGGCUUAAAGUCACCAGAACUUUCACAGCUGGAUAACAGCUAUGAACAUGACAAUGAGCUCGCUACACUUGUUGUUGGUCUGAGUGAUGUCAUCAUUGUCAAUGUUGCAAUGGAGAAUUCAACUGAAAUGAAGGACAUCCUACAAAUAGUUGUUCAUGCUUUUCUCAGGAUGAAGGAGGUGGGAAAAAAGCCUAAGUGUCAGUUUGUUCACCAGAAUGUGUCGGAUGUUUCAGCCCAUGAGAAGAACUCACGAGACAGGAAACUGCUCCUGGAACAGUUAAAUGAGAUGACCCAGGCAGCAGCCAAAAUGGAAAAGAAAGAGGAGAACAAGAGCUUCACUGAUGUGAUGGAGUACAGUCCAGACACUGGGAACUGGUACAUUCCUGGACUCUGGAAUGGAAACCCACCAAUGGCACCAGUCAGUGCAGGAUACAGUGAGGGUGUAUAUGAGCUCAAGAAAAACAUCAUCCAACUACUAAGAAACUGUGAGUCAUCAGCUAAUGAGAUCUUGGAGUUUAAAGAGUGGUUGAAGAGUCUGUGGAAUGCAGUAAAGCACGAAAACUUCAUCUUCAGCUUCAGAAACAGUCUAGUAGAUGCAUACAUGAGGCUCUGCACGGAAUUCAACAAAUGGGAGUGGGAAUUCAAAAAAGAAAUGCACACCUGGGUAACAAAUGCAGAAACAAGAAUUUCCAAUUUUGGUACAGCUGCUGUAAAAUCUGAAUCUUUUGACAUGAGAGAAUUUCUCAGAUCUUUGAAAAGUGAAGCCUCCAUAAAGCUGUCUACAUGGGAGACAAAACUUCUAAAAAAUCUGACAGAGUUCUUCAAGCAAACAGAGGGUCAUGUGUAUCUGGUUGAAGCAUACAAAGAAGAAUUCUCAAACAGCGCAAAAAUUGUUUGGAAAGAAAUGGAGAGAUCUGUUUAUAAUCAGCUCACAGCAGCAGCAGAAAUCAGAGAGGGAAUGAAAGAACUUGAAAAAAUCAAGAAGAAUCACACAAAAGAGACUGAAAAAGCAGUUUCUGUGUUGAUAGAAAAAUGUAGAAAGAAAAAAGUCCAGAUGACAGACACAGAGCUGAACAAAGAGUUUGAUAAGAUGUGGAGUGAAACACUGGAGAAACUUAUUUUUUUUGAACAUAAGACCACAAAUGUCUUCACCAGCAUCUCUCACUGCCUGAGAACAAAUCUGUCACACAGAGGGAGUCGUGCAUGUGAACUAUUAAGUCAAAAAAGUCUGCAAGAUUGUGGAAAAGAACCUUUCAAAUAUACAGCUGAAGGGUUCCAUGGUAAAAUUUUACGCACAAUGAGCAAGUGGUUAAACACUCAAGGUCACACAAUGGCUACACAAAAUCUGGCUGACAGCAUCAUAGAUGCCUGCUCUCUGUUUUUGAGUGAAAAAGUGAAAAGACAAAAGAAUUACUGUGACACUUACAUCCAGGAAAUCCUACACAUCAUUGAUGAGAAGCUACAGAACAAUGGAGAUGUUAAGACAAAGAUUGAGUUUGAAGUUUCUCUAAAACAGCACAUCUGUGGAUUUGCAGCCAGAGAGUUUCAGAAAAUGCACGAAGAUUUCAUCCAAGAAAAUGAUCCGUACACAUGUCUGAUGAAAACCAAGGAAGGAUUUUGUGAUGAUUUCAAAAAUAUCUUCUAUGAACAAGACCAGUGUCAGAAGAAGGCAGAAGAAUUCACCAACCAAUGCUUGAAGCCUGCUGUUGAAGACUUUAUCAAUCGUUCCCUGGGUCUUAAUAUCAUUGAUGAAAUGCUGACAUGUGAGCAGUUCAGCACACGAAUGUCCUUACAGUAUUCAGUUUUACUGGAUUUGCUUUCAAAGGAUGAUCUUGAAAACUAUGUGAGCUAUAUUUGCUCAUAUGAGAAGUAUGUAAAGACCUGGAUACUCAUAAAAAUGAAGGAACACUUCUCAACUGUGUCAACAGCAUUUAAGUUUGAGGACCAACAUCUCCUGUCAUGUAUCAUAAGCAUAGAUACUGCCAUCAAUAAGGCCAAAACAGGAAAGAAUAAAAACUUGAAGAUAUAUGUUGAAGAUAUUUGCAGAGAACUUGGUGAUAAACUGGUUAUUUCCCAGGAUGCUCUUGGUGUUUUCAUGAUCUUGAACAAUGCUGACAAGCAACAGUUUGCUCACUGGCUCACAGUGUCUGUGGAUGAGAUGGCAGAAGAUCUUAGAAAAGAGUUUCAAAUACUGGACUUUGAAAGGAAACUACAUCAUCUCCACGUGCAGCCCCAGAAUGAGCUUUUCAACAGAUUGAUUGGUUGUGGCAAACAGUGUCCGUUCUGCAAAGCUCCCUGUGACGCAGGAGGAGGCCGCCAUACUGAGCACUUUGCUUCAAUGCAUCGACCUCGGAGUCUGGGAGGAUUAAGAUCUUCAUCUACACAAAAACUGGGGACUGAGAUAUGCUCUUCUCUCGUGAUGAGUGACCAGCAUUUUCGCUGCAGUGAUACAAACUAUAAAUGGUACCCUUAUAAGAAUUACAGGAAAAUUUAUCCAAACUGGAUAAUUCCUCCAGAUGCAAGCCUCGAGGCAUCAGACUACUGGAAAUAUGUGAUGACAAAAUACAACAGGAGCUUUGCUAAAGAAUGUAACACACAGCCUGCUGACAUUCCUGUGAGAUGGAACAAUAUCACAAAAGUGCAGGCAGAGAAAAGUCUCAAAGAGAUGUUUUCCAUCCGGUGA